UUGAGAGUCGGAGCUUGUAGUGCACACACAUAUCACAGUGUCUGUGCACCUGCAUGUGUAUAUAGGGGAUAAUAUAUUCCACACGGGUGUAGAAAGAGCUACACAGAAAGACAGAGAUAGAGUAACAGAGAUCAGUCAACACUCUGGCAACAUGUUCUCAAAAAAGAGCACACUAAAGAUCUCCCCUAGCAGCAAGACAUCCAGUGAGCUGCCAUUGCUGAUCUCUCGGAUGCAGAAGAAUGGUGACCAGGUGGAGAAGGACAUUCUGGACACUGAGAAUAAAUUACUCGCUGAUAGACUAAACUACCAGAACAAACAUCCAUUCAAAUAUGAGUCCGUGAACAAGGAGAAUUUGGCUCGCUCAGAAGGACUCCUUAAGGACCUUUUCCUGGAUGCAGACAAGGCAAAGAAGCUGAAACACCCACAGGCAAAUGAGAUUGAAAAUGACAUCAAGAGAAUGCAUGAACGCUGGGUGCAACAGUGCUCAUCAUAUCGAGACCUCUACGAGAAGCUUGAACUCCCCAAAAUGGAUAAUUCUGUGGAUUGGCCUGACAUCCUGGAACAGAAGCAGAGGGAAGUCAAUAAUGGUGGAUAUGGACCACAGUUGCCACAGUUGGAAAGACAGAUUGCAAGUCACCACAUAUUGAGUAAAGAAGUCGAAGCUUACGGGCCACAAAUCAACAGUCAGACCAUCACCAACCCGGAGGAGCUCAAGAAUGCCCAGAAGCAGUACAAAAACCUGCUGGAAUCCUCCAAGCUGCGAGGCCACCAAUUGGACAGUCUCUAUGACUACAUGCAGAGUUGUACCAAACAGCUGAUACUCAUGAAUAACCAACAGGAAAAGAUUCAAAAGCAGGACUGGAGCGACAAGAUGAUGGAGCCAGAGGAAGUCCGCAGGCAGUACGAGAGCUUUAAAGACAAUGGGCUGCUGGAAGAGGAAGCAGCUGUUAAUAGAACUCAGGACGAUGGGGAGAGAUUCAUGAAGCUGAACCACCCAGGCAGUCCGGCAAUUGAGGCCCACAAGGAUGCAGUGAAGAAUGAAUGGCAGCAGUUUCUGAAUCUCUGCAUCUGCCAGGAGGCACACCUGAAGAAUGUGGAGGAUUACGAAAAGUUCCAGUACGAUGCAGAGACCCUUGCUCAGUCCAUUAAAAAGCACAAUGCAGAGCUGGACAACAAGUUCUCAAAGUACAGCAAGGACAACCCUCGGGCCAUGUCUGACCUGCUUCACCAACUUGAGAGUGACGAGAAGAAUAUUAUCCAAAUGGAUAAAGACAUCAAUGAUUUGAAGAGGCAAAGCCAGCAGAUCGCACCACUGAAAGCCAGGCGUAUCCCAGUCUCCAAACCCAUUCCGGUGGAUGCACUGUGUGACUGGGAUGAUGGACAGAAUGAGAUAAGCCGUGGUGAAAAGCUGACACUUCAGAACAACGCCGACCCCGAAAACUGGGUGGUGGUGAAUAAUGUGAAAGAGACCAAGCGUGCCCCUGGGGUCUGCUUCAACAUCCCUCCAACUGAUCCAGAGGCCAUUGCUCAUGUAAACAGGUUGGCGAAGGAUAUGGAUGAUUUAAAGAGGAAACGAUCAGACAUCGAGAACAAGCUGAAAAACUGUUACAAUGAGUUGAACCAACUUAAAGAACCCUAUCAAAACAAACAGACCAGCCUGUUGAACCAGUCUGCAGGACCAGGUUACAGCCUCGAUGACCCCCAGAGUAAAGAACUCCUGUCCAAACUGGACAAGAUCAACGGUGACCUGGGAGUGACUGAGAAGCAGAUAAUAACCCAACUGCGUGCCCCAAUCAAUCAAAGUGCUCCCACUAAGGAUAUCACCAACCGUCUGAAGGAGCAGGAGAGUGCGAACAAGUGCUUGCAGAAGAUUGGAGCAGAGAAGGACUCUGUACAGCAAGAGUGUGAAUCCUUUCUUUCAAAGAAACUUGCAGGUCCCUCCGCAUCACAGCUUUCAACUGAACUGAACAAUGUGAAGAAUAAAUACAAAGACGUCACCUCACUGGCCAACCUGUACCAGAACAAAGCAAACAGUCAACUAGAGUUGGAAAACAGCAUUGAGAAAGCAGGCGAUGCCCUUGAGAAAAUUGAAUCCAAUUUGGCGGAGGAGUCAGUGAUUCCUGCUGCAACGAAUGCCAUGCAACAGAGGAAGACUGAGCUACAGAGAUUGAAACGGGAGCUAAACAACAGCCAAGAAAAGCUGCAGAAGGUGAACCAUGAUAUGAAAAAGACUGAGGACAGCUGCAAACCUCUGGAGCUGGACUUCCAGGAAUAUUGCCCUGACAUCAAGAAACAGCAGACUGAGGUCCAGAAGUUGAACAGCCGCUUUCAGAAUGCAAGCAAUCAGCUGGACCUGAGAGAGGAUAUGCUUCAGAAUGCCGACACAGCCUAUCAGAAUUAUAAAACAUCCCAGCAAGGACUCAAUACCUGGAUGAACAAUCUCCCUAACAAUCAAGUGCAACCUACAGCCAGCCUAAACGAAGUUAAUGCCAAACUUGAGGCUCAGAAGAGACUGAUGAACGAUAUCAAGAAGAAGGAACCUGAAAAGGACGCACUUGUCGAUCUCUCCCAUGACCUGCAGUCGACCCUGAAGCAUUAUGAAACUAACAAUGACAAAUAUCGUGCAUCUCUCGACCCUACCACUGGUGCAUCUACUGUGAAAAAACUGAGGACUCAGACCCUGCAAGAGAGCGUUAAUGAUCAGGAGAAGGACACGGUUAAACGUUUUGCUGAAGUCUCUUCAUCGAAUGACCAACUGCUCAACCAGCUGGACUUUGUAGCAAAAAUUAAGCAAAAGCAACAAGAAAGUCCAGUGAACGAAGUGAUAUCACAGAAGAACGUACAGUCACAAAACACACUGUUUGCUAAGAAAGGCUCUGACCUGCAAACCCAGAUUAAAGACGAAGGGAAGAAGACCAAAUUAGUUGAAGCAACUCUACAAGAGCAGACCAAAAGACUUAGUCUCCUAAGGGCACAGAGACCUGUGGAUAGAAUGGAAGAAAAGGAGGUGCUGGAGUACUACAGAGAUCCCAAGGUAGAAACCAACCUUGCUGCUUUGCGUAACAAAAUCCAUGAUGUAAGGAAACAAAGGCAGGGAACUCAGAAUGACAUCAAUUCAACAAAGCAAAAAAUCAGUUUGUUAGAAGAUGAACAGAGGAACUCCAAAACUGGCCAGAUCAUCAAAGAAGUGAAGAAAAUUGAGAGGAACCCUGCACUAGACGUUGAAGCUGAAAAUCUGCGCAGUGAGAUCAAUACUCUGCGAAGAGAAAAGCAAAUCACUAUUGGCGAUUGGGACCGCCUAACAAGAGAGGUCACCAUCCUUGAGCAGAAACCAGUCAACAUCAAAGAAAAGAUUGUUACAGUUGAAAAAGUCAAAGUGGAAAAGGAUCCAGUUAUGCUGAAGGCUACCAGAAGUCUUCAAAAUGAGAUUGACGAUGAGAGUCAGAAGAGGCAGUCACUGAUUGAAAAGAUACGGCUCAUAAGAACUCAGAUUGAGACUCUGGAGAAGAAAACAGGGAAGACUGAUCCGAAAGUCAUGAUUAAGGAGAUCAAGAAGGUAGAAAAGGACCCACAACUUGAAAAGGAUUUAGCCAAGCUCCGAAACCUUUGUGAGGAUGAAAGCCAGAAUAAUAGUGUCCUUGAGAAAGAACUGAGUGAGCUGCAGAGGAAAUAUAGAAUCGUUGCCAACCAGAAACCAAAAAUAGAAACAAAGGAAAUUGUCCGUGAGAACUUCCGCGUCCUUCCAGAAACAGAGAAAGAGAUAACAAAAUUAAAGAAAGAAAUUCGAGAAACUUCGAAGAGAAGGGGUGAUGUGGAGAUGGAAAUCACCAUAGCACAGGGAGACCUGGAAGUCCUCAAGGAUAGGAAACCUCAAAUUCAGUACAAAGAUAUCACACAAGAGAUUGUGAAGCUUCAAAAAAGCCCAGAAAUGCUCAAAGAGAUUGAUCAGAUUAAGCAUAAGCUCCCUCAAAUGGAAAAUGACUACAAUGAUAUGCAAGGAAAGAUUAAGAGGCUGAAGAAAGAAAGAGAUGAUUGGCGGAAAGAAAAAUCUAAGAUUGAGACCAAAGUGGUGACCAAGGAAAUCACAAAAUAUGAAGAUGAUCCAAUUCUGGAGAAAGAGGUGUUGCGCCUCCGAAGAAUAGUUCGUGAAGAAUCAGAGAAACGAAGGAAUAUUGAAUCACUGGUGUUUGACUUGCAAAAUAUAUACUCCCAGCUGCAGAGGCAGAAACCUGAAGAGAAGAUUGUUGUUAAGGAAAUGGUUCGUUUAGAAAAAGACCCAAAACUCCUCGUGGAGCACGAUAACCUGGGCAAAACCUUGGAUGAAGAACGCAAACAGAGACGUACCCUGGAGAGAGAAGUUCAGCAUCUAAAAGCUCUUGUGGAGGAAAAAGAGGCAGAACUAAACCUUGAGGAAGAAAGGAGUAUCCGACAGGAGAUUGAGAAUGAAGCAAAACAGAUCAAACACAGAAUAGGUGAGUUGGAGUCAAAUCCUCCUCCGAUGGAAGAGAAGAUCGUCACCGAACAAGUCCUUAAAGUGGAAAAAGAUCCAUUACUUGAAAGAGUUGCUGGAAGUCUUCGUCAGCAACUAGACCAGGAAAGAAAUAAAGCUGCCAACUUAGACAAAGAGAUUAAGAGAAUUCAACUUCAAUUGGAGAUUCUACACAAGGAAAAAUCUCAGGAAAAGAUUAUCUGCAGAGAAGUUAUCCGGAUUGAGAAAGAUAAGGCCUUGGAGCAGGAGCGAGCUCGAGCCCGAGACGCAUUCAACAAGGAGAAGAAUGCUAGGCUGGACUUGGAGGAAGAAAUAAGAAGGAUUAAAGACUGGACCGAGAAAUUGGAAGACUCAAUGACAUCGCAGUCCCGCUUGGAAUCUGAGCUAAAGCAGGCCAGGGACGCUGCUCUCCGUGAGAAAGCUACCCUGGAGGAGGACCUGAAAAAUCUAGAGCAUGAAAGGGAACAAAAGACCUUUGCCCAUAAGGAGGAAUUUAAGCGUCUAAAUCUGCAUCAUGAAAAAGAGAUGCAGAGGAAGCAUGAGCUGGAUGCUAAACUGACUUCGAUAGAAAGAGAGAUCAUAAAGGAGAAGGACAGAAUUCAUGAGAAGGAUUACACGAUCAGAGAUCUUGAGUCACAGAUCAGUAGGGAAGAAACUCGUCAACGUGACAUGCAGAUGAGAGAAACCAACUUGUCCACUAAGAUAUCCAUUGUGGAUCCAGUUACCGGGGAGGAUUUGUCACCCUAUGAGGCUUACAAAAAGAACUUGAUAGAUAGGGCACAGUAUAUCCAUCUUCAGGAACUGGAAUGUGACUGGGAAGAGAUUUCCACUCAUGGUCCAUCAGGAGAAACUGCUGUACUGCGAGAUAAGAAAAGUGGGAAAACAUAUUCCAUUGAGGCUGCCUUGAAGGACAGAAGAAUCACUAAAGAAGAGCUGCAACUUUAUAGGGAUGGAAAGCUCCCAAUAUCUGAGUUUGCAUUGCUAGUAGCAGGUGAAGACAAACCAACAGCACUACACAUAGGCUCAUUAAACUCUAUGCCACCAAUUUCUCCCACAUAUCAAUCGUCAAACUACGCUAGCCCAGGUUAUGCAACCUAUAGAGCACAUAAUGAUAGGGAUCAGCAACCCAUAGCGGGAGUCUAUGAUAAUACCACUAAUUCAAGGUUGUCUAUUACAAAUGCCUUGAACAAGAAACUACUAGAUCCCAUCACUGCUCAAAGGCUGCUGGAGGCACAGGCAGCCACAGGAGGGAUCAUUGACGUGGUGACCAGGGAAAGGUACUCAGUCCACAAGGCGGUAGAGAGGAACCUAGUUGACAAAACCCAUGAAAGAAGGCUGCUCAAUGCGCAAAAAGCUUUCACUGGGCUCGAAGACCCCGUCACAAAAGAACGUCUCUCUGUAGGGUUGGCCGUCCAGAAGGGCUGGUUGCCCACUGAGAGUGCCCACCAGUACCUGGAGGCCCAGUACCUCACUGGUGGUCUGGUGGACCCCAACCACUCAGGCCGUGUGCCCAUCACAAAGGCACUGAACUCCAAGAUGAUCGACAGUAACACUGCCAGGAUCCUGCAGGAGGACUCCAACUAUACAAAGGACCUGACGGACCCUAUCACUAAGGAGCGAGUACAUUAUAAAGAGUUAAUGAGUCGCUGCCAGAAAGAUGAGCUCUCCGGUCUCCUGCUUCUCCCAGUCAACUCAGACCCUGGUCAGUACUCCAGCUAUCAACCAACAAGCCGGCUUGACUUCAGAUCCCAAUACUCCCAAUUUUCCAGUGCAUACUAAUCACUGCCUAUAGAUGCCACUGAGUGUUAUGCAUAUGUGUCUCGCAGCAACUUCUAGGCCAACCUUCCUCUUGUUAGUUACUCAAUGUAUUGGAGUUACAUUAAAGAUCUCCUUGCUUAUUUUCCCACAGGUUUUAAGGCUAUCCUACAAAUCUUGUUUAUUUUUAUAUUUAAAGGUAGAUACAGAUUGUAGAGGGGAUUUUAAUGCUAUGUCAUUUUCUUAAUGCUGCAAUACAUUUCUUUACUAAGUACUUGUGAACUGUAAGGUGCAGGACGUGAAACAUUAGUCUACUCUUCUGUCCUAAAGAGUUAAUUUUAAUAUGAUACAAUUGCUUUAAUAAACACACAUGUGAUCGA